AUGCGCUUUUUGGCCACAUCCAUUGCCACAAUACUGAUGGGGGCUACCAUGGCCGCCACAAAGACGACUACGUACCGAUACGGCGCCAACGUUCUCCAGACAUACGGCAUCUACAUUCCACCCACGUCCGGGAACGUUAGCUCGGUCUCGGCCGAUAAGUACUGGCUCGUCUGGAUCCAUGGAGGAUUCUACCGCGACUUUGCCCAGAACUCCACUGGCGUCAACGCCGCCAUCGCCUCCCUCGAGACCAACAGCCCAGAUGUCCUGGCAGACCGAGUCGCUGGCAUUGCCUCGCUUAACUACCGCCUCUCGGCCCUCCCCGGCGUCCAGCCCAACAACACCCCGGCCAACGAGCUACAAAACGCGAGGUGGCCAGAUCACAUGAGCGAUGCCGUCGCCGCGCUCAAGGACCUGAACAAGCGCCACCCCAUUGACGGAAACUACGUGCUCUCCGGCCACUCGGUCGGUGCCCAGAUCUCCUUCUUCGCCGCCCUGGAGACGCUCCGGGACCCCGCCGUCCCCAAGCCCGCGGCCGUCCUGGGCAUCAGCGGUAUCUACGAUUACCCGCAUCUCCAUGUCACUCACCCCGGCUAUGACUACCUGGUCCUCAAUGCCAUGAGGGAGGACCAGCUGAGGGAUGCGAGUCCGGCCAAAGUGGACGCCGAUAAGUAUGCGGCGCUGGGCUCGAAGGUCUUUAUUCUGGCGCACAGCAGGGACGACGGACUUGUUCCGUGGGACCAGGCGGAGGCGAUGGAGGCCGCUUUGGAGAGCCUGCCCGAGUUGAGAAACAAAACGCACUUCAUCGAGCUUCAAGGCGCGCACAACGACAUUUGGAAGAAUGGCGUGGCGCUGGCAAAAGCUUUUACAGAAACACUGGCUCUUCUGAAAGAGAAGGCUUAA